UCCGCUAUCUCGCGCCUUUCCAUCUUGUUCCUCUCCAGUCGAGAGCUCAGCGCCGUAGUUGUUGUUGUUGUGGUGGUAUGUAAUAAUGGCGGCAGCAGGAGGCGGAUUACCAGCCUCGGUUGUUGUAGCGGGCAUAAACACCUCAGCCAGCGUUCGCUGCCGUUUCCCGGGUCGGCCAUGGAUGUCUCGAAGCCUGCUGAGGACGGAGAAACGCUCGCAUGUCGGCCGGCUGUGGGCCGAAGACAGAAAAGGGCCGAGGCCCGUCGACGUUGGAGCUACGCUGAGAGAGGAUCCGUCAUUGUCGCACUUGCUCAGGCUGGCGGUGAAGCACAGGCGCCAGAGCGAGGCGGGAUUCUGCACUAGUGGAAGCGAUGAGGAGAAAGACUUCACAGGCUUUAAGUUCGACAGCCGGUCCUUGCGUUCUGGACAAGAUUCAUCAAGCAUUCCCCUCAAACUGGCAGGAAAAUCAUCUCUUCCUGCCAAACCUGAUAUGAAAGGCAGAAAGUUUUCCAAAAUGGACCAGAAAUGUGCGAGGCCUAAAAUGGUUAUUAAAAUGGCAGCCAAAAUGAUGCCCAAGAAAGACGCAGAGCAAGUUAAAAGGCCUUCUUAUGGUAGAGAUGGACAAUUGAAGCAGGGCAGCUCAAGUAAGACAAAUGGUAGGUUACUCAGGGGCCAGAAGGAGACAGAUAAUGAAAAUGGAGUGGACGAGGUGUUCGAGCAGUUAGAAGAUGAGGAGAAAACUGCAAGAUCGAAAAGGCAUGCUUCCAUUGCAACAGAAAGCCGGGCGAAGCACAGGAAGAUAGUGUGGGCUUUAACACUGAUUAAAAGUAAAGAGCAAGCCUACAAACUUAGAGGGACCCAACACCAAAGAAAAUCAACAGAAAAUACCAAGGCACUCGAAGGCAACCAGUACCACAGGAAGAGGACCACAGAUAUUACUGGUAGUAAGCAGGCAGGUGCUAUAUCCCCAAAACCAGUUGGCAAACAGAGGAGGGACCACAAGGGUUUCUCUCCAGAAGCAGGGACAGAAGCAGGCCAGGAGUCUGUUUUAUCUCCUGACGGAGAGGCAGGAACAUCACUUAGCGACAUUUUGUUAUGUUCUUCCAGGAAGGAGCCUUUUGUAAAGCUACGAAAUUGUUUUUAUGGCCACCGAAGGAUACAGAAACAAGACAAACGCCAGUCACAUGACAUUCAAGGACAAGUGUCUAGUGUGCCUAGAAAGAGGCAGCGACUUGGCUACAUAAAUGCGGACUCUACAGAGCACCAUGCACAGGAAAAACCACUCGAAGUUGUAGGAGAAAUGGAGAGGUACGCUUCUGGAGGCCAGGCAAAACAACCUAAUCACUCUGCCAGACCGAUUGUUAGUGCUCGUUCUUCCCGAGUCAUUAAGGUACCGAAGAGGUUCAUGGAUGAUGAACGCAUGUCUGCACUCCCAGAGAGAGGUUCCCCAAAAAAGGCAGCUUCAACUGAGAUUCCUAUGGAUCCCAGCAGAAUGAAUGUUGAUCUUGUCCAAACCCAAGAAUCUGGAAACAGGCCUAAGGCCUCACAAGAGCCACAAAUGCUAAAUAAUGCAGAGAAAAGUGUUUUGGAAACAGUGAAAUCUCAGGGAGGCAAACCUAUUUUGAGUUCUUCUGGUCUCACUGGUGGUCCUCGCAGGAGGGGUGGGAGACUCGGCCAAGCCACGGACCACUAUAAGAUAUACCGUAAGUUGAAGAGGCUCACAGCAAGCCUGGCCAAAAGAAGAAUGCAGCAGGUUGCCAGUGCUUGUCCUGGAUUAGUGGAUGAAUGUCCUGGGGCUUCUCAAAAUAUGGAAGGGACUGUUGAUUUGCGGCGGAGAAGAAAGUCUGAUCUCAAAAUGCAAGACCUGGAUUCUCCAGGCGUGGUGCCAAAACUAACCAUACAUGUUGGUGAAUGUUCUAAUUCGGUGGAGGGCUAUGACCCAGCUAAAGAAAAUGUAGAGACAACCAACCUUGAGGGCACUAAUGAACAGAGGGCAGAAGAUGCCCAGGUGAUGGCAGAGCAAGGUGGUGCCACUAACAGAAUGAAUAUUACAGGUGCCAAUAAGAGGAUGUUCCACCUGCUGAAGAGAGCCAAAGUCCAACUGAUUAAAAUCGACCAGCAGAAACAGCUGAAGUCAGCUCAGCUUCUGUCUGGCUCUGUGAGAGCAGGAGACAGAUCAGUUGCCGUCAUGAAGAGAGGCAAGAGGAGAGGGAAGAGAAUAGUCAGGUCUAACACGGAGGGGGCUCCACAGGGGCCUUUGAUAGGUGGUCCUCGAAUAAAGCAUGUAUGCCGAGCGGCAGCGGUGGCACUGGGACAGCCACGUGCCAUGGUUCCUGAUGAUAUUCCCAGACUGAGUGCUCUUCCCCUGCAUGAGAGGGAAGGGAUCAGCGCUUCACCUGCCGAAGAGGAUGUUGCAUCUCACUCUGAACCUGAAAGUGAAGGAUCUGUUGAUCAGAAGCCAACAAUUAGGCGUAGGUAUGAAAGUACUUUUUUUGGCAGUCGGCUAAAGCGCUGCUUCCGCUGCAAGGGCUGCAGUCGGCUGGAGGACUGCGGUAGGUGUGUGUUCUGUCUGGACAAGCCCAAAUUUGGAGGACCCAACAAGAAACGGCAGAGCUGCAUCUUAAAGAAGUGCUCUGUGAUCGAGCAGAACAAAACGAGACGAUUCAACAAAGUCCAGAUGAAGCGACGCCGGUCAUCAGCAGCCUCUGGCAUGUACAGCAGCGAGGAAGAAAACGAGGAGGAAGGCGGAGAUGAAGGGGGAGGACAGGCCCUUUCCAGCACAUUUAUCCCCACCAGGAGACAACCCAGACGACAGGUCACGCCACUGUGCUACAGAAAACUGCUUGAAUUUGGCGACUCUGACAGUGAGACGCAAAGUGCUGACUCUGAAAAGACAAAGGCCAGCAUGACCCAAAAGACUCAAUCCAGUGGUAUGGCUACCUCAGAAACUGCUCCAGAAGAGGCUGCAAAACAGAGAAAGCAAGGGCUUUACAGAGCUUUUUGGGCCCAAAGCAGAAUUGAUAAGAGUUCAGGGGAACACACACCGGCCAGUGUCCUGACCAAUGGCUUCACCCAAAAGGGCAAGCUGUUACAGGGUACAACAAACAAGAUUCGUGUGGACUUCAAGGAGGACUGUCACAUCCAGAAUGUGUGGUUGAUGGGUGGAUUAAGUAUUCUCACUUCAGUUCCUGUCAUGCCCCAAUCUGUGUGUCUGCUCUGUGCCAGCAAAGGCCAGCAUGAUAUGAUCUACUGCCAGAUGUGCUGUGAACCUUUCCACCAGUUCUGCCUGCCCCCAGACGACCGCCCGAAAGAGGAGAGCAAGGAGAACUGGUGCUGCAGACGUUGCAAGUUCUGCCAUGUUUGUGGACGCAAGAGCAAGCAAGCAAAACCAGUUUUGCAGUGCAAGAAAUGCAUGAACUGCUACCAUCCGGCCUGUUUAGGACCCACAUAUCCCAAACCUGUCAGAAUGAACACAUCAUGGACUUGUAUGCUGUGCAUUAGGUGUAAGAGCUGUGGUGUGACUCCAGGGAAGUCCUUGGAUAUGUGGAACCAUGAGCUGAAUCUCUGCCCUGACUGCACCAAACUCCACAGCAAAGGCAACUUCUGUACGGUGUGUCUGAAGUGCUAUGAGGAGAAUGAGUUUGAUAGCAGCAUGAUACAGUGUGCCCGAUGUGCCCAUUGGGUCCAUCCCAAAUGUGAGGGUCUCACAGAUGAUCUGUAUGAGAUCCUGUGUCCUCUGCGGGGGAAGAGUCUGGUGUUCUCCUGUGCUGCAUGCAGUAAGAAAUUCCACAGCGGCUGGAAGGAUGUGGUGCUGGAGGUUUUGAAGAAAGGAUUGGAGAAGAUCAUGAAUGGAUUGAAGAGCUCUCCGACCUCCCAACACCUCUUGAUUUGUGCACAGUGUGAGGCCUGUCCAGACAUGGAAAUUGAAAAGGAACAGUCAGGAUGUUGUCUACAUCCUGUAGAGCAGAAGCUGCAGAAGAACCUGUACACCACACUGAAAGCAUUUCAUGAAGAUGUUGCGACAGUGAUGGUGAGAAGACUGAAAAAAGAGGAGUCUCUUCUACAGGAGCAGAGGCCCACAUGCCAUGCCAAGCAGUAUUAUUUAAAGCUAGUAGAACAAGUAUUUAGUUGGUUCAGCAGUCAGGACCACAAAACAUGGAACUCUCAUAUUCAAGUAUUUCCAAGUGGUAUGCUCCCUCAAGCAGUAAUUCCCCCAAGUGAUGAACAUAAUUAUGCACAAUGGCUCAAAGUUCAGGACCGCACCAUUAUCAGGCCAGAGGGGGCCCCAGAAAACCCUCACUCAAAAGAUCUGCAGAACUCCUUUGGGGAUGAAAGACAGUGCAGCUUCUGCCAGCAACAUGGAGAAGCCAAACCAAAUGAUGCUGGUAGACUGCUGUAUAUUGGGCAGAAUGAAUGGGCACACGUGAACUGCUGCGUGUGGUCGGCGGAAGUGCAGGAGGUCAAAGGGGCAUUAUUGCAUGUCCACAGUGCUGUCGCCAGAGGCCGUUGCAUGCGCUGUGAGCGUUGUGGCCAGACGGGGGCGACAGUUGGCUGCUGUCUUUCCUCCUGUCAGAGUAACUACCACUUCAUGUGUGCUCGUGCCAGCAACUGCGUUUUCCAGAGUGAUAAGAAAGUGUACUGUUACAAACAUCGUGACCUCAUCAACAACAAGAUCGAGCAGGGCAAUGGGUUUGAAGUUCUCCGAAGAGUGUACGUAGAUUUUGAUGGAAUCAGUCUCCGUAGGAAGUUUUUAACAGGCUUGGAGCCAGAGUCUGUAAAUGUCAUGAUUGGAUCUCUACACGUUCAAAAACUUGGUGUUCUGACAGAGCUUUCAGAAAAUUCUGGAAAAUUGUAUCCAGUUGGCUACCAAUGCUCUAGAUGGUAUUGGAGCACCGUUGACCCUCGAAGACGAUGCCGGUAUACUUGUAAAGUGACAGAGGUUCGACCAUCUACUCGAUGCAAAACUUCUUACUCCAUGUUGGAUCAGGGAGAAAAUAAAACUAUUGUGCACAGCCCAAAAUCAUCCAAUGAUGAGGAUGGUACAGACAGUGAGCCUUUUUCACCUGAGCUGCCCCCCAGCACCCCCUCCAAGACCAAACAAGACUCAGGGGCUGGAGCUAAGACUCCUGGGUAUCCACACAACAGGAGACCAGCGGGAGGAAUGUCCAGACCAUUACCUUCCCCAGGUAAUGUUUCCACAUCACAUCAUAUUUUGACCAUCAGUGACCUUGAUGAAACUCGACGGGCAACAAGGCGGUAUUCCACACGUAGCCGAAAUACAUCUCCUCCCCCUUUGGUCCUACCGAGCCCAAUAACUCUGCGAUCAGGGGGCACCGGUCACCCUAGGUCACUUUCAUUUAACCCCCCUGUCUCACCGCUCGGUGCAACUGAGAACCUCAUGAGCUCCACCUCACCUCGACGAAGAGGGAGGCCUUCCUCUUUGUCUCCCUCUAGCGUCACCUCAGGGCCCUCUCCCCUACAAGCGGCUCUCCGAAGCCCCUCGUCAACCUUACCUUUGUCUCCCUGCCUCUCCCCAAAGCUUCAGCAGCCUUUCAAAACCACACCAAGACCACAAGACCUAGCCCCUUUAGAGCCAGUAGAGGUUGCAGGUGUGUCAAGCCACAGAAUUUCCUUGAUGGCCACCUUAUCUGACAAUUCAGAUCAAGAACUGCUUCCUGCACACUUUGAUCCAGACACAGAUGUGGCAGUGGCCUCGAUAUUGAAUGCAAAGCUAGAAUUUGAUGAGGCUUUGCUCAAUGAAAAUGUGGCUCUGCACUGUGACCCACAAUGUGGUGAGGGAGACACUGAAGAAAUCAGGGAUGGAGAACAUGAGUUGGAGAACAGUUUGUCAGGUGUGACUCAAGUCAGUGCUGGCAAGAAGGACUUGCCUUGUCUUUCAACUUCAGAGUUGAAGAUGGAAGCAGACUCUGCUGAUGAGGAUGCUGGCCAUUACCUAAACUUCUCUCGCACAGUACUGGUCUGUGAGGCUCCCAAAGACUCUACACAGGUAGGUCUCACUGUCCAUCCUAACUCAGGGUCUAUCUCACAGCUGGAUGGAGCUGACAAUGACUCGGAAAGUGAUGCAAGUGAAGCCAACGCAGAGGAUGGUUCUCAGGAAGUAGGAAAUAGUUUUCAUUGUCAGGAUACUGAGCCAUCAAAAUGCACUGGUUCAAACAAGGGCAGAACCCUUGGCAACGGGCAGCUAGUUUGCACUCCGUCAUCUUCCACAUUUGAAAAUCCUUGUACAGCAGAUUCUGUUGAUCAGAAUGCUGAGCUGGUAACAUCAGAGACACAAACCAUGGACCUACUUUGUGAAGAACAGGACAUUCAGGGAAUAACUUCUUUGCAAGACAUCGGGAACUUGCUUGUUGACUCUAGCACUGAUGUAUACAACCAACAAGAUGCAUCCUUUACAGGUGAGGAGGAAGUCUUGGUGGACAAUGAAUCAACAGAGAGUUCAAAAGAGGAAUUCUUGGAUGACACCAGUGGGAAUUUUAUACCUGCUGGUUUUGACGGCACGGUUUUGGACAGGACAGAUUAUGCUGCUGGUCCUGAGAAAUCAUGUGAUUCCUCAUCAGUAAAUUUAUUAAACAGGGAUGGAUUAGGUCUGAAGAAUGUGGCAUCACCUGUUGAGAAACCAGCAGCAGUGGCGCCUUCAAGUAGUACUAGAACUAUUAAUAUAAUCACGCCAGCUAGACACACACAAAGACGUUUAAUUACCAUUCAACCUGUAUCGCAACCCCAAACCCUCCAGAUGACCAUGCCUGUUGGCACCUCUUUGCCACUGUCUGUGCCUGUCAAUGUUGUCUCUUCUUCUCCCGUCAUGUGCGUUACUCCACAAGGAACACCUCUUGGAACACCCUGCCCAGUUGUAAUGAAUGGUUUUGGAGCUCUGCCGAAGGAAGCCACAAGGGGUCGUACCAUCGCCAUACGCAUUGCCACCCCAAAACAAGUGACUGAGCAGUCUCUGCCACAAUGUUUUCCCAGUAUGCCUUCUUCACCUCAGGUUUUACUAGUCAACCGUGCCGGUCAGAUUCUUGUGAAAAACCCACAGACUAACACAUAUCAGAUUGCUAGUGCUAAUUCCCCCUCGUAUACCCAGAUCAGCCAGAUUGCGAAAAUAAUCCACAGUGGGAAUAUUCUCCAACGACCAGUCCCUAAGGUCACAGUAAUGCCUGUGCCACAGGCUCAGGCUAGUCUUGGGAAAAGCCCACCAACACGUAUCAUAUCUUAUAGCUGCAACAGUGGAGCAGCACCGUCAACCCAAGUGCUGAUCCGGAGGAUACCUCAGAGUGAUACUGGAAGCCAGCCUCAUGGUAUCAGUCAGUCCAUAGAAAAAAACACAGUCGUGGUUAAGCCCAAGAACGCCUCAGGAUCUGAGGGUAGGCAGAAGCAGUUGGCCCAGGCGAUAAUAGACAAAGCAAUGGCAAGCCACCGUGACAUAAGUCCCAGUCUUCUGACCCCUUCUCGAUUCCAAGUCUCUCCCUGCCCCAAUAAACACCUCUCUCUUGACUCAAGUGAAUCAUCACCUGGGUUUCACUUGCAGCCUCAGGUCAAGAUCAAGAGGGUGUCUUCAGCAACUGAUCAAAUUGGUGUGAAAAAAUGCAAGACUGACUUCUUGGAACAGACAGACCCUAGUUCCCAGGAUGACCUCAACAGAUCGAACAGGGUUAGAAUAAAGACCCCAAGUGUUAAGGAUUUCCUUGAUUUUGAUGACCUGGAUACCGGAUCUCUCGAACAGCCGAAGAAUAAAUCCAAAGUGGUUGAACAAGCAAGAGUUCCUCUAAAUGAAUCAGAGCCCACUGCAACCCAGGGAAGGGAUACACUUGACAGUGGCAAAUCUCAAUGGAUGAGCUCCAAACAUGGCGAAAACUCUGACUGGGCUCCUUAUGCAGGUUGGAGUUCAGAUGAGGACUCUCCAUCACCUAGCAUGCAGGACAAGUUUUCCAGUCAGUAUCAACCUCACCUGCGCUUCCAAAUUACCAGUGAAGAUGGAUUCAGUAUAGAAGCAGACAGUAUGGAUGUGGCAUGGAAGGCAGUGAUGGAUGGUGUCCAGGAGGCACGGAUAGGCUGUCGUAUGGAGCAUUUGCCCUUCAGCAGGGUAAAUGGUGCCAGGGUGCUGGGUGUCCUCCAUGAUGCUGUGCUCUUUCUGCUGGAGCAGCUUCAGGGUGCUUCCCUCUGCCGGACACACCUCUUCCGUUUUCACCAGCAUGAGCAACAGGAAGAGGAGCUACCAAUCAAUCUCAGUGGCUGUGCUCGUGCUGAGGUCUAUGAACGAAAAUCUACUUUUGAUAUGUUCAAUUUCCUGGCGUCGCAGCAUCGUCAGCUUCCUGAGUCUAGGCCAUGUGAUGAUGAAGAGGAUGACGUUAUGCUCAAAUCCAGCAGACGGGCAACAAGUACAGAGUUACCGAUGGCAAUGAGGUUUAGACACUUGGAGAAAACAUCUAAAGAGGCUGUAGGAGUUUACAGAUCCGACAUUCAUGGUCGUGGUCUUUUCUGCAAGAGGAACAUUGAGGCUGGAGAGAUGGUGAUCGAGUAUGCUGGUAUUGUCAUCCGCUCGGUUCUCACAGACAAGAGGGAGAAAUACUAUGACAGCAAGGGCAUCGGCUGUUACAUGUUUCGCAUUGAUGACUUCGAUGUGGUGGAUGCCACUAUGCAUGGAAAUGCGGCACGAUUCAUCAACCACUCCUGUGACCCUAACUGCUAUUCAAGGGUCAUCAAUGUGGAGGGCCAGAAGCACAUCGUUAUUUUCGCCCUGCGGAAGAUUUACCAUGGAGAAGAGCUCACCUACGACUACAAGUUCCCUAUUGAAGAUGCCAGCAACAAGUUGCACUGUAACUGUGGCGCCCGGCGCUGCCGACGCUUCCUCAACUAGAGAUUGGUGGAAUCUAUUUCCACCAUCAUGGAGAAAUUUUGGGAUGGUUCACUGUCUGCUGUCAGUAACCAUCGUCUUUGAAGAAAGGGACCCAUAUUAUUAGUGCUAAAGGGUGCAAAGAUGAAUGUAUUCUAAAGGGACAUUAGGGAAAACGACAUAAACAGAUCACAAUCUGCAGAUAGUUCAACAGGCGUGUAGCGAUUUUUAGACCACCAGCAUGUCUUGACUGGUUACUUAGAAUGAGCUAUUUUACCUUUCAACAACCUGCCAAUAUAUAAGGUUUGCUAAUGCUAAAUUCUGGACAGGAUUGGGCAGUCGAUGUUGAAUUUUGUAAUUCGCUUUGAUUCAACAAUGAAAGAUUGCGACCUCCAAACUGCUAACAUAAAUGAGUACUCUCUACUUAACUACGUCCUUUGUCCUUUCUCUGCUUUUUUCCAUCAUGCCUUUCAAAUCUCGCCACUGGUGGCUGGAAAUGCAGUAGUUUUAAUCUGGUACCCGAAGGAUACUUUAAAUCAGCUGUUAGUUCUAAUUUAUAGAGGAUUUCAUAAUGGAAGAUACCCUGAAGUUUGAAAAGGGGUGUGAUUAUUUUUGCUACUGAUUCAGAGGCGUUCUUUGAUAGGUCGCCUUCAACAGCACCUUAAUAAUCUUUUCUCUUUUUUUCCAGAAAUGUUCUCAGUGUAUAUAUGAACCAAAACAGUCUUACUUUUUCAUCCAAAAAUGCCACAGAACCUCUGAAAUGGCAGAGUGGUUUGAAACAUAAACGGGAGCCUGUUUAUUGUUUCUGGAACAUUUCCAUUGUACAUUUGUUUUUCCGUGUGCUUUUUAUAUUGGUGCAAGUGAAUGCGUCAAUUACAACCACUUUUUUUAGCAGAAUAACCCAAAUAGAUUUCAUGCCUUGACUGUUUAACAUAUUUAAAGUUAGAAUUUGUUUGCCCUGAAUGCAUAUAAAGAUGACUGCCCACAGUUUGCUGCAGUCGUGUACAGAUAUUUCCUUUUUCAAAAGAUUUGCAAGGAUGUAUUGUCCCAUGUAUGUACGCACCCAAAGCCCACAUCUUGAUAGUUUUAAGAACCCACUGUUUUUAUGUGCUUUUAUAUCAUGUGGCCAGUGUUUUUGGGGGUCUGUUGCUAUUUUUUGCCAAUUAGAAUUACUUGUGUUGUGUUUAAAGUUGAUAGUUAAAAAGAAAUCCCAUCUCUGAUUAACUUUUUAUGAGACUCGAGUCAUCUUAACAUGCACAUGUUAUUAAUAAAAAUACACAAAACCAUACAAAUGUAUGCGGGGGUCUAGCUUGAAGAAGACAACAAGCUGCUGAUAGCCAUGUGUCUUUCAAAACCCUUCUUUACACAGCACGUUUUGGCCUAUUCUCAUCUCUUUAGGUUGACUACCUCAGUAGCUCAGUAGACCAGUGACAGCUAGUGAAAUACAGUACAAACAAUGACGUAAAUUAUGCUGGGAUAAUCCCACACUAGCUUUGAUUUUUAUGCAAUGUAACUUUUUGUUUGUUAAUUUGUUUGUUUUUUCAGAAACUUCCCAGAACCUUAUUUCCUCAUGCUUUUGUACAUAAUUGAAGUGUGCUUAUUAUUAAAAAUGAAGACUGAGGCUUGAUUCCAUCACUGAACGUGAGGGAGCUCAGAGUUCAUCUAACUCGGAGUCCAUCUUUGUAUAUAGUUGUAUAUUUACAAGAAUUUCAAAAUCUGAUAAAUUGCACUUUUUUUUUUUUUAAUUUUUAUUUUAUUUAUGAUGUUAUGUACGUAAUAAAGUUUCAAAACUAU